AUGAAAUUGUCUAAUUUUUUAAUAUUUUUAAUCAAUCUUGCAACGUGUUGGAACGGAAAUGGAAUAAAAACAUAUUUUGGAGAAAUUGUUGGGUUUAAUUAUACAUUAUUAGGUGAAAAAGUGACAGAAUAUUUAGGAGUCCCAUAUGCACAAUCUCCAACUAUACUUAAUAGAUUCAAACCACCAUAUGAAUUAGAAAAAGAUCAUUUUAAUAAUAAAAAUUUUACUUUGUAUGCUGUACAUAAAACAUCAGGAUGUCCACAAAUUAUUAGAACAAUGGGUUUUGACGGAUAUGAUGCAUCAAAUCCAGAUGACACUAAUGAAAGUUGUCUUAAAUUAAACAUGUGGGUUCCAAAAGAUGAAAAAAAUAUGUCAGUUAUAGUUUUUUUCCAUGGUGGUAGUUGGACAGUAAGAACUGGUAGUGCUGAUAAAUUUAAUGGAAGUGUUCUUGCUUUAAAAACAAAGUCAAUAGUUGUUGUACCAAACUUUAGACUAGGAUUUUUUGGUUUUGCUUAUUUAAAAGGUAAAGAUGGAAUAGAAGGUAACAUGGGAUUAUUAGAUCAACAAAUGGUAUUAAAAUGGAUUAAUAGAACAAUUGAGAGUUUUGGUGGUGAUAAAACAAAAGUAACUAUUUUUGGAACAGGUACUGGGGCAUCUUCAGUAGCAGCUCAUUUAUUUUCCAAUAAUAGUAAACCACUUUUUAAAAGAGGAAUAAUGAGUUCUGGUACUAUAACACAUUUUAUGACUACAGUUUCAAGAGAGAUAGCAGACACAAAUACUAGAAAUGUUUCAGUAUUGUUAAAUUGCAGUAGUAGCAUAAAUGAUACAUCAAAAACCAACACACAAAUUGUAGAAUGUUUACGUAAUAAAACUAUAGCAGAAUUGUUAGAUGCUGCAAGAAAUGUUAGUGCUCCUGGUCAAAUGCCAACACCAUUUCCUUUUAUGCCUAUUAAUAACGAUACAGUUUUUUUCAAUGGAAGUAUAACAUAUAACUAUCAUAAGAUAUUGUUUAAUAAAGAUGUUGAUUUAAUGUUUGGAAGAACAGCUGAUGAAGCAACAUUUUUUAUGGCAACUGGUUUCACAAAUAAUAGUCAGUUUGGUUGUUAUUUUUAUCCACAAAAACCUGCUAAUCAUUCUGAUAAUAAAUGUGAAAUGAAUAUUACAAACUUUGAAAAUCUAGUUAAAUUUGGAGGAAAAAUAUUAAAUUUUAAUCAAACAGAAACUGAUAAUUUAAAAACAAUUUACAACAAGUCUGCUAGCACAUAUACUAACCGAUCAAUUAGAAUUUUAUCUGAUUUUAUUUUUGAUUGUGAACUUUCUAGAUUUGCAAUAACAUAUGCAAAUUUUUCUAAACAUAACACUUAUUUUUAUGAAUAUAAUAGACGAUCACCAAUUAAUCCCUGGCCAGAAUGGACUGGUGCAAUGCAUGGAGAUGAUUUAAUUGAUAUAUUUGGUAUUCCAUUUAGACAUCCUGAAAAAUAUAAUACAAGUAUUUUAGAACGUGAAAAAAAGUAUUCAGAAAAUGUAAUGUGGGCAAUAGGUAAUUUUACAACUUAUGGUAAUACAACAUCGGUAUGGAAUAAAUUAAAUGCUACUGAAUCUAAAGCUCUUGUAUUUAAUGGAGAAUUAGGACAACCAGGAAAAACACCACCUUAUACAAAUGUAACACCACCUACAUGUACUGAAUUUUAUAAGAUACUUGUUCAAUCCAUUCUACGGACUGCCCUUUCAAAUAUGUUGAAAAUGGCACAAAAUAAAUCACCAAAUUAA